AUGGCCUGGACUGCUCUCGCUUCUCUCAUCUCCUCUCCUGUCUCCCGUAUCGCCUCUCCUGUCUCCCGUAUAGCCUCUCCUGUCUCCCGUAUUGCCUCUCCUGUCUCCUCUACUGUCUCUCCUGUUUGCUCGUUAGCGUGUUUGAUUUCGCGUCGUUUCUAUCGCCACUGGUCGCGGCAUCGCUCCUUUGAUCGAUUGCGUCGGCUGCCGAACAAGGCACUGCGGCCGGGGAAGUGCGCAGGUUCGCUUUUUCCUUCUUUUCCGACGAGCGUGGGAGACGCGCCGUCGGUUCACGGAGACUUCGCCGUGGCUCGGCGAGCAGACGGAGGCUUCCACUUGGUCCCGCCGUAUCCUCCGAGAAUCAACAAAACGAUUGAGCCGUAUCCGCCGUCGGCAGGGAACUACUACGAGCUGCACAGACACUACAAGCUGAAGUGGAAAAACAUCGAGUACCAGUACGUGCCCAAGAUGAUGCCGCGACCGUGGGGAAGAGCGGGCCCCUGGGGUGGAGAGCUUGUCCGCAUCUUCCACAAACGAUCGAAAAAGAAAGCUCACUAA